AUGAUUGAUCGACUGAGGCAUGAUGAUCUCCGUUGUCAAUUGGACCGCAUCCUUGCGCUUCGCCAGCCUGUCAGUAUUUGCAGUGUAUUGAUUCUGCGAUUGUAUAUAAAUACGCUGUUAUCGUGUCGAUAUGUAAGCUCCGUUAGUGGUCCGGCCCCUCCUCGCAAACUUCAUCCACGGACAAUCCAACUUGAUCCAAUGCUUUCAACUUGGAACCUGAACUUGAAAAAAAUAUUAGAAUCUCUGAAAGUGAUAGACCGUGAUUUAAACACGCCUGUUCUCUCUAUUGAGAUAGCGCCCAAUGUCACUCAUUCCAUCGAUGACCCCUUGGGUUUUACUGUGACAGUCCACCGAGAGGAAGAUGGCAUCAACAAGCCAUGCAUUUUCCGCUGGGAUAUUGACCAUGACGCUUGGGGCCCUUCGGGCUUUUUACUCUUCCAGCAUACAUCAGACGGCCUGAGAAAGAUCGAAGGGAACCGCGACCCCCCACCUCCCGAGACUUUGGAGUAUACACAGAAUGAUGUGUGCUUUGCGGAGCUGCUUCCUGGUCAGUGUCUUAGAAGAAACAUAGGGAAUCCCAUCCCCUUCCGUGACCAGCUGGUCGCAGGUGAGAAAUACGAGCUUCUCUGGCCUGGUGCUGAAUAUGCUCUAUGGGACUGGGGCACCCUCCGUGAACAUGUAAGCCACAAAGUUGGCGUGGAUACAGGUGGUCCCCGCGUUUUUUUUCCCGGAGGAGCCACCUCCUCCAUCACUGUCAAACAGGAGGCGAAUGUCUGGAAGCCCACUGCUCCGUCUCCUAUCGGGGAAUUUUCCCGACCCCCGGGUACCCCUUGUCUGAGUGUGACUCUAGAAGGCCCUUCUGAGAUGGUUUUGGGGAAGAGCAUUCCAGUCACCAUGAAGGUGACCUACAAUGGCCUAGCCAACGAGCGUGGCGAGGCAGUCCUUGCAGGGUCCAAACCGCUCAUUAUUCAAAGCCUUUCAUUUUCAUUUUCGAGUUUCAAUUUCCACCGCCGUCGCCACGAUUACGACCAGGGGGAUUCUGACGAUGAUGAUCCAGAGUGGGAGGUAUACGUUGACGAUGAUUGGAACAACCUCUACUACCUGCCGGAUGGAUCCGAUAUUGAGGCGAAUGUUACUGACGAGGAGUUCUGGUGCCUCCAACCAGGAGAGAGCCGCACGGACCAGUUUACGUGUAGCGAACUGCAUGAAGAGACAGCGGUCGGUGACUCCUAUCGAAUCCAGUAUUGGGGUGACUCUGUUGAAUGGUGGAUUUUGGGGGGUCGGGAAGAACACGCCGAUACUACUGUCAAGGUGAACUACAUGAAUGACGUUGUUGAUCCUGUGGACAAUGAAGGGAAACCGGAAAUCACCAUCCCUGGAUCUAAUACCGUCGAGUUUGUUAUUGUUGACAAAAAGGAUCCUUAG